AUGUUGAUGGUUAUUACUCUACAAGAUGGAUUAAAAAAAGGCUUAAGGACAUAAUUGACUAUUAAUUAUUAGAGGUAUACAUUAAAUAAUUAGUAGAAAAUAGAGUCAUACCUAAUUCUAUGAAUUUGGAGAAUACUUUAAUGGUUCUAAAAGAGGAAUUUGGAAGUUGAUUUAUGAUUGUUUAACCUUGUAAAUAAUAAUUAUUCUAACACAGAGGAGAAGGUUAUUAUAAUAAUAAAGGUUAAAGGGUUGGCCCACUAGUAGGUUUAAUUCAGCAGUCACAUUAUGUUGA